CGCCGCCGCCGCCGCCGCUGCCGCCCCCGCCGGAUCGCCCCGCCAUGGACCAGUACGAGAAGGUGGAGAAGAUCGGGGAGGGCACGUACGGGGUGGUGUACAAGGCCAAGGACCGCCACACCAACGAGACGAUCGCGCUCAAGAAGAUCCGCCUCGAGCAGGAGGACGAGGGCGUCCCCUCCACCGCCAUCCGCGAGAUCUCGCUCCUCAAGGAGAUGCACCACCGCAACAUCGUCAGGCUGCAGGACGUGGUGCACAACGACAAGUGCAUAUACCUCGUCUUCGAGUACCUCGACCUCGACCUCAAGAAGCACAUGGACUCCUCCCCGGACUUCAAGAACCACCGCAUAGUCAAAUCCUUCCUCUACCAGAUUCUGCGGGGCAUUGCCUACUGCCACUCGCACCGCGUCCUCCACCGCGACUUGAAGCCGCAGAACCUGCUGAUAGAUCGGCGUACCAACUUGUUGAAGCUUGCCGACUUUGGAUUGGCUAGGGCGUUUGGCAUUCCUGUUCGGACGUUCACUCACGAGGUGGUAACACUGUGGUAUAGAGCACCUGAAAUUCUUCUUGGCGCAAGGCAUUAUUCCACCCCUGUUGACGUGUGGUCAGUUGGUUGCAUUUUUGCUGAAAUGGUGAACCAGAAGCCACUGUUUCCUGGGGAUUCUGAGAUUGAUGAGCUGUUCAAGAUUUUCAGAAUUAUGGGCACUCCAAAUGAAGAAACUUGGCCAGGUGUCGCUUCAUUACCUGACUACAAGUCAUCUUUCCCCAAGUGGCCCGCCGUGGAUCUUGCAGUGGUGGUCCCAACUCUUGAACCUACAGGCCUUGAUCUUCUAUCUAAAAUGCUAUGUUUGGACCCAAGCAAAAGGAUCAAUGCCCGGGCUGCCCUCGAGCAUGAGUACUUCAAGGAUCUCGAAGUAGCGUAGUAGAUUAUGCCCCCACUGUACAUUAAGAUUUCAUUGUCUGCUCGGCCGAGCUGUGUUCCGGCUGCAUGAAUUAAUCUUAAGAUGAUGGUGUGCAGAGUGCCCCCCCCCCCCCACUAUUUUUGAUCUGAAUAUCCUUGAAAAGAAUGCCACAUCUGAUUUGAAUAUCCUUGAAAAGAAUGCCAAAUCGAAAUAUCCUUGAAAAGAAGUUGGAAGCCGA